CAUCUGUGGGAGAAACAGACUCCUCAUACAGUCACUGUGGUUGGUGAGGCCUUAUCUGGACAAUGGGUUUCACUGUCACACAUGUGUUGUUGUGGUGCUCCGUCGAUAUGCUUUGAGUCUGGAUUUACAUACUGAGACGGUGUCUGAUUCCUUGACGACAACAGGAAGCUGGUUGGAGAUGGAGGAGGCUGUACACAGCUGUAAGAAAUGACGAGGAGUCCUAGAUUCAUGGAGCGGCGACAGAUGAGCUUAUGAGAGCUGCAGAUCCCUGAGCUGUGAGAUGGAGGAAGCGUACAGUGAACUGUACCAGCAGUUUCUUCGUCUGAGGUCACUUUGCCUGAGACAAGCAGCUCUUCUUCAUCAACUCACAACAGCUCUGCAGAAACAGCAAGGUGGCUUUGUUCCUAAUGGAGAGUUGAGUGAUAUGAUGUCCAUCCCCGUCCAGUGUUCCCAAGAACUCCCCGUAUAUCUCCGAGAAACGCCUCAACCGUUAACAGUCGCGGCACUCAACCCUGCAGCCCAACGUGAUGUCGAUCGUCUCCCUCGAAACAUGGGAACUUUUUAUGAUCUCCUCACUGAAGAUAUAUCUAAGCUCUGUGUGGAUGUGCCUCGUCAGGGAAAGGAAGACGGGAAGAUGUUGGAGCACCCUGUUGCGCCCCUGUUGAGCCUCGACGUCAUGAGGUGGCAAGGAGUCUCCUCCAAUGUCUCAAAUAACCCCGGGGGAGCAGAUCAUCGUUGUGGAGACAGGACGAUGCACACAGUCGGGAUGACUGCGACAGACUGUCACUCCCCGGUCGGAGACCCCCUGAGUCAGCCUGGCGGGAUGCUGAUGUCAGACGUGGCGCUGCAGUCUCAUGUCUGUGAGUUCUGCCAGGCGAUUUUUCCCGGAGACUCGACCACCAGAGGGGAGUUCCUACGUCAUCUUUACACCCACGUCACCUAGACCGAACUGAACUGUCUUUUCCUCCUGAUAUAUGUGUUCAUGUGAUAUGCCGGGAUUGAGAAGGUGUAACUCAGUUAACCUGAUCUCUGGAAACAGCAUUGACAAGAUUGACCUGCUCUUCAUGUGGUUAGCCGUUUGCCCAGAUGAACUGUGCAGAUGCUGAUGCUGGCAUAAUUUUUCUGUCUCUGAGAUGUAAAAUCAAAAGUGGAAAACUUCCUAUGCUUCAACUGUAUGUGAAAAUAUUGAGAUAUUAUAUUUGCAAAGGCUCAGUUCACCUCACUUACAUCUACAUCUAGCCAUGGUUUUAUUUCUCCAGGUUUUGACAUAUCUAUCCACAGACCUCAUCAAGUCUGGUAUGAGUCUGGAGCUGCUCCAUAGUGUUUCGUUUUUAUACCCAAAUGAGUUUUAAUCUAUCGUAGUGUCCUCUGUUCUGAAACAGAAAAUGGACCCAUACUGUAGACCUUUUCAAACUUAACAACAUAAACAUUCUCAAUGGGC